CAAUACAAGAGUCCAUAAAUAAAUUAUCACAAAAACCAAAAUCAUCAAUUCCUUCAUUAUGUGAUGGGUUAUUACAGCGUAUAAGUGAGCUUGAAAAAAAAACUACGGAUGCUUCAAGAUUUUUACCUCCUUAUGACCAAAGGCAGUCAAUUCUGCAAAUAAGGGCAUUAAUUGAAGAUCUUAACAUAAAAAAGGCAGAAUUGACUCCGAAGAACAAAUUUUCGUUUAAAUCGAGAAAAACGACAGGAUCAACAGAAAAAAGUGUGUCAGUUGAAUCAAACAAAAUCGUAAACAGUGACUUGGAAGUUGUCACUUCAAAUAAUGAAAUUGUUCCUACUAUCACUUCACUUAAUCAAAACUUCCAAACAGUAACUCUAGAUAAUAAACAAAAUUGCUAUGUCAGUGUAAAGUCAUAUUUAACAAAUCUAGAAAAGUCUGAAGAAAAAGUAAUGGAUUUUCAAAUUUCGAAUUUAGACCAUUGUAUUGUGAACCUUGUAAGUUCUAAUGUAGUUAUAGGUGCGAUGCAUAUUAAAGGAUUGAGGGAUACUAUUAUAUUGGCAGGUCCUGUUAGAAGCUCGAUUUUGAUUUAUGAUUGUGAAAGAUGUGUGUUUUUGAUCGGAUGCCAUCAGUUCAGAAUGCAUACAUCCAGACAAAUGACUAUUUAUCUUCAUACAACAAGUCAUCCUAUAAUCGAAGACUGCCAUAAUAUUUUGUUUGCACCUUAUACAUUAUUGAUUCCUGACUUGAAUAAUAUGUUUGAGGCGGCUAAGUUAGAUCAAAAAAAUAACAAAUAUGAUAAGGUUGAAGACUUUAAUUGGUUAAAACAACAGGCAUCUCCUAAUUGGCGAACUGUUUCAGAAAACAAAAUACUUAAGAAUUGGCCGUUUCUUCAUGCGGAUAAUUCAGAUGAUACUACAGAAGAAACUGUUUCAACUGUGUUGAAUGAGAUUUUGGAGUCUCAAUUAAUUCCUUGA